CUACAAAGGCUGACUUUGCGCUCAUUGGGCAGAGCUGCUAAUAGCUUGCUGCGGAUCAGCACAAUUUCAUAAGGGGGAUUUGGAUAAUGAUCACAUGCUCAUAAGCAGUGUGUACUACGAGCUGAUCCUGCUCGGACUCUUGUGGACGUUCGUAACUCCAGAACCCUGGGCCGUGGUGUUCUCCAUGGCUAGGUUUGGGACCCAUCAGCGUGCUAAGACCGGAGGCAGGUCUGCUGUCUGUCAGGGCGGCUGGGCGCUGUUGAACGUGUGCUGCUCUUUAAAUUGCCCAGUAACCUGCUCUGGGAUUAUACCUGACACUGCUAACACGCCCGAAUGGAAAUAUAUGCAUUCAUCUUCUAAAUCCCUAAUCCUAUCAAGUGAAAACCACAACAAGCUGCCGAGUUGUUUUUGGAGGGCGAGGGGCUCAGUGGCUUAGCAUAUGAGAACCCCCCGCACCUCAGCCCAGCAAACAUGUGCCUGUGAUGGAAGGCAAAACAUAUCUUAGGUCUUCUUCUACUUCAGUUGUUCCAGAGGAGCAUCGAAACCCUUGGAAGGAGCUGGCAGAAAGGCUUUGAUCUGCAGACCAGCCUCCAGGCCUGUGGUGUGUUUGUAAGACCUUCUAGAUCUGCUGGUUUGGUUUCAGGGACCACUUGGUCACGUUGUUGUUGCCGGGCAAUUCUUGAAGGAGGCUGCGGGAAGGGGGUAUUCUGAGAAAGAUGCUGGGGUCAGAGCGCGGCGUCGUGGAGGAGUGGCUCUCAGAAUUCAAGACCUUACCAGAAACCCGCAUCCCCAGCUACGCAGGCAGCCUGCACCUGAAGAAGACCCUGGUGCCAGCGCUGUACCGGGUCAUCCAAGACCCCAACAAUGAGCUGCUGGAGCCCGUGUGCCAUCAGCUGUUUGAGCUAUACCGGAGCACCGAGGACCGCCUUCGCCGCUUCACCCUGCAGUUCCUGCCCGAGCUGGUCUGGGUGUACCUGCGCGUCACGGCCAGCAGGGACCGCCAGAGCAACGGCUGCAUCGAGGCCCUCCUGCUGGGAAUGUACAACCUGGAGAUUGUGGACAAAGAUGGCAACAGCAGGCUCCUCUCCUUCACCAUCCCGUCUCUGUCCAAGCCCUCGGUGUACCACGAGCCCUCCAGCCUGGGCCCCAUGGCGCUGACGGAGGGGGCCCUGUGUCAGCAUGACCUGAUCCGGGUGGUGUACAGUGGAGUCCAUCCACAGAGAGAGACCUUCACUGCACAGAACAGGUUCGAGGUGCUGUGUUUCCUCAUGCUCUGCUACAACUCGGCCGUGGUGUACAUGCCCCUGUCCUCCUACCAGUCAGCCUGCCGCAUGACCUCACGGUUGUGUGUGUGUGGGUUCCCACGGCAGCAGCAGAAGUCGUGGAGAGAGCCGUGUAACCGUGUGCUGCUAGACCCGGAGUUCAUGGUUCAGAUGCUGACCGCCGUCUACCACGCAAUAUACAAUGGAGAGUGGGAGCUGGGUCGAGAGGCUCUAGAGGACAUCCUAUACAGAUCCCAGUUAGAGCUCUACUCCCAGCCGCUACUGGUGGGGGACGCCAUGAGGAACUCCCUGCCGGCCAGCGCCCCUGACGAGCCCCGGGCCCGCCAGGUGCUCCAGGUGGAGGUCACGCCCACCGUCAGACGCAUCUCCAUCUCCGCCAUCACCACCGCCUCCAUCCGCCGCCACCGCUGGAAGAGAGAGGAUAAUUUUGACCUCUCAAGUGACUCCGAGCUCAGAGUCCCCGCCCACCCUCCUAGCCACGCCCACCAGAACCACGCCCACCAGCAGGAGCCGUCGGGCACCGUCAAGGAAGGGGCAUGGCCGCCCGGUCGCCCUAGCAACUACAGCAGCAGCGCCGUCCACACGGGGCCCCCGGCCAUACUGGAGGACGCUGACGGCAUGAGCGGGGGCGAAGAUUCGUUCAACCUCAAUGACCCCGAUGAGGGCUUCUCCUCGGGGGCGUCAAACAGCAGCCAGCCCAGCGCCACCAAGCCGGGCGUGGCCGGGGGCGUGGCCGGGCGCGCCAGCAGCCAGAAGGGCGGGGGGCUGGGCGGCGGCGGCAGCAGCAUCAAGAAGGCGGUGACGGCCCGUCUGUCUCGGGACAAGGAGCGGGAGAGAGAGAGAGAGAGAGAGAGGGAGAGAGAGAGGGAGAAGGAGAAGGAGAAGGAGAGGGAGAAGGAGGUGGAAAAGCAGCAGCAGAAGGAGGUGGAGAAGCAGCAACAGAAGGAGGUGGAGAAGCAGCAGCAGAAGGAGGUGGAGAAGCAGCAGAAGGAGGCGUUCGAGCAGCAGCUGAGGCGCCAGUCUCCGCCCGCGGGCAUCACGCUGGACACCAUCCAGCUGAGCCCCAUCAAGAAGCACCUGAGCUACCCGGCCGGCCCUGCCCUGGUCCGCACGGCCAGCACCUCCUCCAGCAAGUCCUUCGACUGCAUGAAGCUCAGCCUGAACGGGGCGGGGCAGGCGGGGGAGGGGCCGUCCGGGGGUGGGGCUGGUGGGGCGAAGGCGGGGGGGUCCCGGCGACACUCCACCAUCAGCCUGAAGGAGGAGCACCUUGUGCGGCCGGAGGAGAACCAGGACCUCCUGGUCGCCGGGGCGCCCCUCACGCCCCAGUCCCGCUCGCCCAGCUUCAACAUGCAGAUCAUAUCCCAGGUGUAACACACACACACACACACACACACACACACACACACACACACACACACACACACACACACACACACACACACACACACACAGACUCUGAGCUACCUGGUCCUGUCGCUUGAGGAAUCGAACUGUGUGUUUAAGAGGUGUGUUGGAGAGAGUCUGUCUAUGUGUGGAUGUUUCUGUGUGUGGUUCUGUUUAUAUAUUUGGGUGUGCCUGGAUUGUGUAUUUCUGUUUGCUGACAGAAGACAUGCCCAUCCCCAGGUGAAAGGGUGAACGUUGCCCAUGGACACUGGUCAGUCUCCAACUGAAAACCAUUCCUCAUCUUCCUGCCGUCUGACUGGACGGCUCGCGGGGGUCAUGGAGGGAGAGACACACACACACACACACCAGUCCAACAUGUCCGUCAUUAUCCUCGUCGUGGGCGUGUGUAUCACUGGUUUCUUCCCAUUGUUCCGACUGGGGGGACAGGAGGCAGGGGUCAUCAUUCAGAUACAGAGAGGAGGAGGAGCAAGCUGGAUGAUUCUGCUCUUGGUGUCCGAAUUUUAAACGUUGCGGACUGAAUCGGUGUUGGCCCAAAAGAUUCAGCAAUAAGGUGUGUGUGGACGUGUGCUCGUUCUCUCCUCCUACUCGCUCAUUCCUGGACUCAAGUGCAAUCUGUCCCUGUGACAUCUUUAAAGUCUUCUGAUUUUAUGGGUGAUUAUACGUUUCAUUUUCUUUUACCAGUGGCAUAACCGCAGACAGAUGUCAUGUGGGAAUUGAAACGAUUAGGUCAAAUAACUGAAAUCCAAAGAACAUAGUUCUGGUUGUUUCCUGUUUUUGUUUCAAAUUAUAACUUUCAUUUGUGUAGAGAAACGACUGAAGUUUUUUUUGCUUUUAAGCAUAAAUGUUUUCUACUUAUUUGAUUUUUUGCUGUUAGGAUGUGAAGUCCUGGUCCGAACAGAUCUACACAUGUAUCUCUCUAGCUAUUCUAAGGGAGACUGAGUUCCCUUUACUUUAUUUCAAGGGGCAAAUUUAUCAUUUGCUGUAAUAAAAUGCCUUGGUGGUUCAGGGUGGAAGUACACCGCCCCCUGCUGGCUCUGAACACUGGGUUCAGGGUGGCAGUAUACCGACCCUGGUGGCUCUCAACAGUGGGUUCAGGGUGGCUCUGAAAAUUGGGUUCAGGGUUGCAGUAUACCGCCCCCUGGUGGCUCUGAACAGUGGGUUCACUCCAACGUCCAUCCAGUGUUUUGUGCGCCCUGAUUGGAUGCUCAUUGUUUUUGUUCUACCUCAUCGUGCAACACAUCACCUGCCACUCAGAUCAGUGCUGUUCUGUCUGAGGUGGGACAUGAGUUCAGAUUAAUCCACCAUUAAACAGCCCCUUUAUAGAGUAAACUGUAAUGACGAUGUUCAAUAGGUUUGUGGAAAAAUUCAGUUCAUUUAUUUUGUGCCUAGAGUUUAAAUUCUGUUUGGAUCCACUUAAAAUACACAAUCUAAUAGCACGUCUGUCCUACUUGCUCUAUCUUCAACUGUCUGCUUAUAGGUGUAGAUUUAAUUUCUAGUUUAAAUUGUGAACGAUUACUAUUUGUUUUUAUUUGGUUAUAAGACAAGUGCAAUUUAUUUAGGUUAAUUUCAGAGCUCGUUGAAAUGCCUCUUCUUGUGCGCAGCUUUGUUGUUCUGCUUGAGCGCGGAGCCAGGACGAUGGCUGCUAGAUUGAGACAUGAAGUAGUUUCUCCUGGUCUCCAACAGAUGUGCCAAUUUACUCAUUUACUCCUUAAAUCUUUUCAUUAGCUGUUCCAAUGCGUGACUUAUGAGUUUUGGUUUCUGUGCUGUUAUGUGUCAGUUUAUCUUCUCAAUGUGUGAGGGUCACAAACGUCAUUCACGGUCCUCAGAUCAAUAUUCGAUUCCACCGAUCUGGAGGAAUUGUUUUCGAUGUACAAUUUCCUUUUCUCAAAGCAAUCAUGUUCUCUUGCGGUAGUUUUUAUUUUUGGGUGCUAAGAGGAACCUCAGUGAAUACAAAGCGCUGGGGUCAGAGGUCACGCAGGAUACACUGAUACAAUCCAAGGUCCAGUCCUCGUUAAACAGGCUUUAAACAGGCUCAUUCUCUACGUAAACAAAAGUCAGCGGGGAAGAGUUACUGCAGUGAAGGGUCACUGCUGCUGCCACUGGGGUCCAGGGGGACAGUGUGCUCGGUGUGUUCAUACGUUAGGGUGUGUUUAUGCAUUUGUGUGUGUGCGUGUGUUAGUGUGUGUUCUUAUGUUGGGUUGUGUUUGUAUGUAAGGGUGUGUGCGUGCGUGCGUUAGGGUGUGUGUGUGUGUGCAUGUGUUAGGGUGUGUUUGUUCGUUAGGGUGUUUGUUUGUUAGGGUGUGCGUCAGGGUGUGUGCAUGUGUUGGGCUGUGUUUGUGCGUUAGGGUGUGUGUGUGUGUGUGUGUUAGGGUGUGAUUGUGCAUGUGUUAGGGUGUGAGUGUGCCAGGGUGUGUGCAUGUAUUAGGGGGUGUGCAUUAGGGUGUGUGCAUCCAUCCGGGUGUGGCUGCAUUAGGAUGUGUGCAUGCGUUUUUAUGUCUGUCUGCGUACGUUAAGGCUGCGUGCGUUAGAGUGUGGGUGGGCGUGCAUGCGUUAGUUUGUAAGUGUGUGUGCUUGAGACACAAAGGCACGCGCUCCUCCUUUAGAGAGUUAGAGAAUAGGAGGGAGAGAGCGAUCAAAUAAUACCCUACAUAGCUACAUGCUGUGGUACACAAACACCUGCAUCCUCAGUGUGUUCACGUGCUCCCCCCCCCCCCCGUUCCUGCUGUAUUCUGCUGUAAUCUGCUGUAUUCUGCUGUGUUGUACCCCCUGGUCACCUGUCCCCCCCCCCCCCCCCCCCCCCCCCCUGCUCAAUACUGUGGUCCAAGACCAGGACGCAACACAUCAUGGCGGACCAGGCCAGAGGCAGGGUUCCUAGGUGUUUGCUUGUGUUGCCCGCCUGACGCUGGUCGGACGGGGGGGUUUACCGUCCUGCAUGUGUUUCUUCAAACGUGUGCUUUUGUUUCGCUAUUUGGUAUAAUGCACUUUAAUCCACCGUUCAUCCACCUCCUCUGUCCCUCUGAUCCAUGUGAUUAAUAUAUAGAUGUGCAGACACCCUCCAUGCAGGGCUCAGUCUGAGUAGUACUUCAACACUGCUUUUAUUUUCUUUAACAAAGUUUAUAUAAAGGUUUAGGGUACAGCUGUAUAUUUUUCUUUCAAAUGUUAAAGAUAUUUAGAGAUAUAUAGAUACCAUACAUAUAUAUAUACGUGUGUGUGUGUGUGUGUAUAUAUACAUCUAUAUAGUUCUAUAUAUAGAUAUAUAUAUAUAUAUAUAUUUAUAUAUGUGUAAUGAUAUAUAUAUGUAUGUAGAUAUGUAUGUGUAUAUAUGUAUACAUAUAUGUGUAUAUAUAUGUGUAUAGAUAUAGAUAUACAUAGAUAUAUAUGUAUUCAUAUAUAAGUGAGGGUCAGUAAGGUCUCAGGAUUUCACCGUUUAUUGAAGCUAUACAUGAACCACGUCGGCACCAAUCAGAUCUAUUUUUGGGGGGGUGGGUUUCUGCUGGGCUCCCAGUGAUUCUAUGCAACACUCACUUGUUCUGCCAGGUUCGUUCAGCGUGGGAGAUGAACCGCAGGAAGAAGCUCUCCCCCUCUCCUGCUCGUUAGUUUUCUCCCUUUAUCCAGUGCACUCUGUCCUUUGUAGCUCCCCAAUCCCACGGUGGAGCCUCUCCACCCCCGGUGUGAUGUUUGUGUGUCAUUCUGUACAACCAUCCUGCAUGUGGCUGUAAUUAGAAGACGCCACCACUAGGGAGCGUCGUUUGAAACGGGCCUCGGUGGUGAGUGACGGGAGGAGGGAGGGGGAGGGUGUGAGGGUAACACAGGUCCAUGUCGGUCACUCUGAUAUCAGAGACUUGAUGGAAUGAGAAAAAAAAUGGUUUAUUAAAAGAUGAGUAGAGCACCAUGUACUGUUGUCUGUUGUAUAAAUAGAAAGAAUGACAUAUUUUAAAUCUUGUAAAUAACAAAUGUACAAAAGAGAUUAAAAUCGAAAGGUAUAAAAAAACAAAUAAAAACGCAGAGCAGUCUGAAGAUGAAAGAGACUAAAUAAUCGGUAUAUUGUUGAAUAAAUAUUGUGCCGUAUGGGA